AUGGCAUUGGUCGCUAGCUACCCAAGGUGUUGGGAUGUGGAGCUGCUGCGAGAUAUUUUCAAUGAGGCGGACGUGCCAAGGAUUCUUAAUACGCCUGUCUCUAUACAGUCUUCCGACACAUGGUACUGGAAGGGGGAUUUGCGUGGCCUCUAUUCCGUUAAGCAUGGUUAUAAUUCCCUCAUGCGUGAACAUUUGAGUCAAGAACCAGGCCUGGAGUUUACUAAUUGGUGUGCGAUUUGGAGCCUUAAGAUCCCGCCGAAGCUUUGGGAGGGAUUUGGGGCUGCAACUGGCAGCACUUUUCUUCAAAUGGUGCGGCAUUAUCUAACUUCUAGUAAUGUUGUUGUGCAUGUCCAGCUAGUAGCAAGUUUUUGGACAGUGUGGUUGGCGAGGAAUGAGUCUUACUGGAAUGGGAAGAGAUGGAAUAUGGGAGAGCUGAAGCAGAAACAGUGUGCGCUAGUCUUGGAGUGGCAGCAGGCCUUUCAGGUGGGAAGAGGGCAACAACCACUGGAAGCUCCCACUACGCCGCAAGGUUAUUUAAAAUGCAACAUUGAUGCGGCGGUUUUCGAUGAGGGGGCUGGGUAUGCUGCUGUUUUAAGGGAUCAUCACGGUGGGUUCGUCGUUGCAAUGAAUGGAUGGUUCAUGUCCCUACGGGAUCCGUACCAAGCUGAAACGAUGGCGGUUAAAGAGGCUCUCGCGUGA